AUGCAUGCGGUUGCAUCUUCCCUGUUGGUCGGUCUCGUGGCCGUCAGCCAGGUUUCGGGAACUCCUUGCCCUACGAAGCCCAAGCCCAUGAAGCACAUCGAUCUAGGACCGAGGCCGUAUUAUCUGGUCAAUAACAUGACGGAUGGACCUCUCAAAUCCAAGCUGGAUUCUUGCAAGGAGAUGACAAUGAAGCCUUCUACUUUCUCAAUUGGUCAUCGAGGAGGGGCUUGUCUGCAGUUCCCCGAGCACUCGAGGGAGUCUAACAUGGCUGGAGCUCGCAUGGGAGCUGGGGUGCUCGAGUGUGAUGUUACGUUCACCAAGGACCGCCAGUUAGUCUGCCGUCAUAGCCAGUGUGACUUACACACAACCACCAAUAUUGUCAAUAUCCCGUCACUUAAUGCAAAGUGCACAAAGCCUUUUACUCCGGCAAAGGAUGGAAAGCCGGCAUCGGCCAAAUGCUGCACUAGUGACAUUACUCUGGCCGAGUUCAAGUCGCUAUGUGCUAAGAUGGACAGCUCGAACGCCACGGCUACGAGCCCCAAGGACUAUCUCGGCGGCACUCCGAAUUGGCGAACCGACCUAUACGCUACCUGCGGCAAGGUUAUGGAUCUCAAGGAGCAUAUCGCCUUGGUUGAGUCUCUGGGACUUGGUCACACUCCGGAGUUGAAGGCACCCGAAGUUCCCAUGCCUUUUGAGGGCAACUACACCCACGAAAUGUUUGCUCAGCAGAUGAUUGAUACGUACAAGCAUCUCAAGGUGCCGGCUUCAAGAGUGCUGUCCCAGAGCUUUGAAGUGAAGUCGGUCCUCUACUGGAUCAAGAACGAGCCCGCAUUUGGCAAAACUGCUGUUCUCCUCGACGAGUCUGGCGACGAAGCCGGCGCAAUGCCUCAGGCAGUGCAGAAUUUGACACUCUAUGCCAAGGCGGGUGUCAAAACCAUGGCUCCUCCUAUGCACUAUCUCGUUGAAGUAAAGAACGGCGUCAUGGUCCCCAGUGCAUAUGCCAAGAAGGCCAAGGCGCUGGGCCUCAAGCUGAUUUCCUGGAGUUUAGAACGAUCUGGCCCUCUGGCUCUCGUUCACGAAAAGGGCGACUAUUACUACACCAGUGUUCGGGAUAUUGUGACAAAGGAUGGAGAUAUGUAUAACUACGUCGAUGUUUUGGCCAGGCAGGUUGGUGUUACCGGUAUGUUUUCUGACUGGAGUGGCACCGUCACUUACUACGCCAACUGCUUCGGCAUUGGAUUGAAGUAA